AGGCCCGAUAAGGUACGGUGGCUAAAACGGACGAUCCGAAGAAUCCACCUUUCUCUCUCUUCUUUCUCUCUCAUCUGCUCAUCUUCUCUCUAGACCCAGUAAAAUAUUCACAAAAACGAAAAGGAAAAAAAAAAGAAAAGAAAAACAACAAUUACAGAAAAGGAAAGGUUUUGUUCUGUUGUUUUUGCUGUUCUUUGGAUUUCUCAGGUAGGAGGAGAUCGUCUGUUUCUGGGUGCUGUUUACUGAUCAAUGGAAGCCAUUUAAGCUCUGUAUCAGAGCUCAUUUUGGGAAAGGAGGAAAAGGGGGAAUACUUUAAAGUAGGGGAAAUCUUUGACAGAAGCUUGGUUGAGAGGAAUCAUGGCGGUGGUUGAGAAUGCUGCGUUUAACGGCGUCGGCUCAUCGAAUGGCAGCGGCGGCGCGAAUGUGCAGAACGGCGGCGUCGCUGCUGCUGCUGAUCAUCAUCAUCACCACCAGUCAGCCAAGACUAAUCAGCGGUCAACUGAGCCCAGGGAUCAGAAUUUCCAGAUGAUGCAGCAGGAGGGCGGCGACGGAACUCAGAGAAUGAACGGUGUGGAUUCGAGGAGGAAUGGUGGGGAGAUUGACGAGGGCGGCGAUGGUGGCGAGGAAGGGUUUAAGAGGGAGAAAGAAAUGAGGGAUUUGGAAGAGAUGCUGUCCAAAUUGAACCCCAUGGCGGAGGAGUUUGUGCCGCCGUCUCUCAGUAGCGCUGGCAACCACAGACCCGUGCUGCUCCCGCCAGGUGGAGGAGGGCAUUUUGGGUAUGAUGCUAGCAAUUUUGUAGCCCUGCAGCCUCCCUCGGGCCUCCCCAAUGGGAGUUUCAUUAGAAGGAAGAAGAAUGGGUAUAGUAAUGCGAAGAGAAGGCUGAAUAACCGGACAAGCAUGGCCCAAAGAGACGAGGUUAUAAGGAGAACGGUUUAUGUAUCUGACAUUGAUCAUCAGGUUACUGAAGAGCAGCUUGCUGGGCUGUUUCUGAACUGUGGCCAGGUUGUUGAUUGCCGUGUUUGUGGUGACCCAAACUCUGUGCUCCGUUUUGCAUUCGUUGAGUUUACUGAUGAAGGUAGGGCGACUAAUCCUUCUUUGAUGAAUCUUUGUAGUUAUUACAUUGUGUUCCUUCUAACUUGGUGUGCAGAAGGAGCGAGGAAUGCUUUGAGUCUGGCGGGAACUAUGCUCGGCUACUAUCCCGUGAGGGUGCUUCCCUCGAAAACCGCUAUUGCACCGGUCAACCCAACGUUUCUGCCACAGUCUGAAGAUGAAAGAGAGAUGUGUGCGAGAACUAUAUACUGCACGAACAUUGAUAAGAAGGUUACUCAUUUGGAUGUCAAACUCUUCUUCGAAACCAUUUGUGGAGAGGUUCUUCGCUUGAGGCUGCUAGGUGACCAUAAUCAUUCUACUCGCAUAGCCUUUGUUGAGUUUGUAAUGGCUGAGAGUGCUAUUGCUGCUUUGAACUGCAGCGGUGCGGUCUUGGGAACACUUCCUAUAAGGGUAAGUCCAUCAAAGACUCCUGUUCGACCUCGUGCCCCUCGCCCAGCCAUGCACUGAUCCUAUAUCGUCUACCAUCGUUGUUGUCGCUGCUAUGUAUGGAGCUGUGUCGAUCUUCUUGUGUUUAUGAAUCUAUAUGCACAUAGUUACUUGAAACCUUGUAUUGUACUUUGUUUCCAACUAUGUUGUUAGUGUCUGUCUGUCUGUCUGUAAGGCCCAAACUGAGAAGAAUUUUUAUCCUCUCCUCCAUUAGAGCUUUGUAGAGUUGUUGGAUCGGAUGGUAUGGUCUUAUGAGGCUUACUUCUCGUAAUUUAUGUUGGCCGCCAUUAUGCUAAACUCUCUCAUAGCCACUGCACUGCAUCCAAGUGCUGAUGCCAGUUCAUGUUUCUAACACUUUUUAAGACUGCUUUUAACUGCUUAUAUAUACUUGUCUUAUACAAGUCCUUUUUGGUUUCU